CCUGGACUUAACCUUUCAUGGGGCCCUUUUCCUUUCACCCUUUACCUAAAACCUUGUGGCCAUGAGUUCCGCAGGCUAGGGUUGUGCAAAGAAAGCCCCUUUCUUUUGUCUGGUCCCAGAUCUCCUCCUGAUCGGUUCCGUUGGAGGUGACCUCCCCAUAUCUCCUGUCUCUGCCCCCAAAAUUUAAAAGAAAAACACCAACUUUGAUCGCAUGGUGCGCUAAGCCAGAGACCCUUGACUUCCAGGCCAUUGAUCCCAGAUCUGUGGCUUUCUCUGAAGCUGGCAGGGGCAGAACCACCCGGAAAGGGCAUUGAGCCAUGAAACCGUUUUGAAAAUUGACGUUUAUUUUGCCCUCCGCUCGUUCCUAGAAUUCCUCUGGGGAGGAGGUGAGUUUUGAGGUUCUUAUCAGGCUGGCGCAGCCCGCACACUCCCAGUGUGCCUGCGCCUCGUUCGAAACCAGGCAUUUGGGUGCCCCCUAACAGGCCUCUCUGUGGGGUGAGACGAGGGGAGAGACAGAGAGAGAGAGAAAAGGCCCCGUGUGGUUUCUGCCUGCUGCGGAAAACGCUCUUUGCUCCGGGUUCAGGAACAGAGGAACGUACUUUGCUCAGCCUGCAACAGGAGGAAUGGAUUUCGGUUUCGGCAGGUUGGUUUCGGCGGUGGGCACUCGGGUGGCGCAGGGUCCGUCCAUCCGCGGGACGGAGAGCUUUGGGUGGGAUUUGACGGGAAGGCAGAGCUGCCUCUGGGAGGGUCAAGAGGGCAGCUGGUCUGACGAAAGCUCAAUUAAAAAACACAUUAAUUAAAAAAGGGGUCUUGCAAGCAGGUUGUGCCCAGCCCUCCUGGAGAGAGCUUUGGGUGUGGGGCUCAGAGAGGCCAAGGCCCACUUGCGAACACCUCCCCAGGCAUGUUAGAGGAUGGAAAGCACCCAAGGUUGCAGGUUUGAUCCCCGUAUGAGGGAGAGUGGGCCAGCCGUGGCUGAAAAAGCUUUAGGUAAAAAGCAGGUGACCCCUGCUUUAGGUAAAGGUAAAGGGACCCCUGACCAUUAGGUCCAGUCGUGACCGACUCUGGGGUUAUGGUGCUCAUCUCGCUUUAUUGGCCGAGGGAGCCGGCGUACAGCUUCCGGGUCAUGUGGCCAGCAGGACUAAGCCGCUUCUGGCAAACCAGGGCAGUGCACGGAAACGCCGUUUACCUUCCUGCCAGAGCGGGACCUAUUUAUCUACUUGCACUGGUGUGCUUUUGAACUGCUAGGUUGGCAGGAGCAGGGACCGAGCAGAUUCAAACUGCCGACCUUCUGAUCAGCAAGUCCUAGGCUCUGUGGUUUAACCCACAGUGCCACCCGCGUCCCCGACCCCUGCUUUAAAGGUUUCCAAUUCACCAUUUCAGUCCCUCCUGCCAAUCAGAGAGGUGCCAUGCCAACUCAGGAAUUCCUGACCUCACCCCGAACCUGUCCGUCUCUUUCCACUUCAGCCAAAUUCUUUUAAGGUGUGCUCAUUCCAUCAGCGGUUUGCCCCUCCCCGAACUUUGCCCACCCCACGGAUCUUAUCUCAAGCCGAGAAGUCAAAAGUCCUUCUCGGGGCGGCAGCAGCAGGGCGUUGUGAGGCUGUGGAAUGCCAGCCUCGCAGGUGACACCGCUGUCAAAAUCCACCCUGCCGAACUGACCGCGGUCCGGGAUUUGGAGAGCUCUGUCAGGGCCAGGAAUAAGGAUUUGGAGCACGUGCGCGAGAGGCUUGGGAUACAGAAUGGUAGAGUUGCGAGGGACCCCCAGAGGUAUCCAUCCCAACCCUCUUGCAGUGCAGGAACGGCCACCCGACCUCUGCUUAAAAACCUCCAAGGAAGGAGAGCCCGCUACCUUCCAUCCGUCGCACGGUCAAGCGGCUCUCAGUGCCAGAAGGUUUUUCCUGAUGUUGAGCCGGGAUCUCCUGUCUUGGAACUUGAAGCCACUAAUAAUAAUAAUAAUAAUAAUAAUAAUAAUAAUAAUAAUAUAUUAUUUAUACCCCGCCCAUCUGGCUGGGCUUCCCCAGCCAUCCUGGGCGGCUUUAAACAAAAUAUUAAAAUACAUUUUAGGGUUGGAAUGCAGCCUAGAAUAGCAUUCGCCUUUUGGGCCGCUGGUGGUGCUGUGGGUUAAACCACAGAGCCUAGGACUUGCUGAUCAGAAGGUCGGCGGUUCGAAUCCCCGCAAUGACGGGGUGAGCUCCCGUUGCUCGGUCCCUGCUCCUGCCCCCCUAGCAGUUCGAAAGCAUGUCAAAGUGCAAGUAGAUAAAUAGGUACCGCUCCGGCGGGAAGGUAAACGGCGUUUCCGUGCGCUGCUCUGGUUCGCCAGAAGCGGCUUAGUCCUGCUGGCCACGUGACCCGGAAGCUGUACACCGGCUCCCUCGGCCAGUAAAGCAAGAUGAGCACCGCAACCUCAGAGUCGGCCACGACUGGACCUAAUGGUCGGGGGUCCCUUUACCUUUAAAUACCAGCAAGUUGGCAUUCUCUACCACCAGACAGAGAAACCCUGGAAGUGCAAAUUAAUUCAGACACACAGUGAGAGGAGAAGGAAACAAGGGCUGCCUUGUUCUCCCCGGUGGGGGAAAACAGUGGUUCGCAGUAGGUAACUCUACCGCGUGGUUUAAUUCUCAGAUCUCCCUUCCUGGACAUGUUUCAGGCCCUGCUGGGCCCAGGUGGAUGAAAGGAGCGAAGAUGUCCUCCCUGGCAGGUGCCUCUGCCACCGAAAUACCACCCUCCCCGAUUGCCAAGUGACGAUUUAAGCUCCUGAAUCUUCUCCCCUUCCACUGCCUGAAUGUUUUGCGUUGUCUGCGAGCUGGGCGCCAGUUUCCUCGGCCCCUGGGGUCAAUGUCUGCGGCCCUUUACAGCUUGCGAAACUCCCAUUUAUGACCUGCAGCUUUCUGUUAAUUCUCUCUUCUGCAAAACCAGAUAGGCAGGGAGUGAGUCCACUAAGGAGGUGGUUUAUGGCUCUGCGAACAAAACUAUGAGCGACCCAACCACCUUCGUCUCGUCUCCCUGGCAUUGUUGUUGUUGUUUAGUGUCCGCCUCUUUGUGACCCCCUGGACCAGAGCACGCCAGGCCCUCCUGUCUUCCACUGCCUCCCACAGUUUGGUCAAACUCAUGCUGGUAGCUUCGAGAACACUGUCCCACCAUCUCGUCCUCUGUCAUCCCCUUCUCCUUGUGCCCUCCAUCUUUCCCAACAUCAGGGUCUUUGAAUCUAUUAUUUCUGCCCUGCCCAUCUGGCUGGGUUUCCCCAGCCACUCUGGGCGGCUUCCAACAGGAUAUUAAAAACACAACAAAACAUCAAAUAUUAAAAACUUCCCUAAACAGGGCUGCCUUCAGAUGUCUUCUAAACAUCAGAGAGUUGUUUAUCUCCUUGACAUCUGAUGAGGGGCGUUUCACAGGGCGGGUGCCACCACCGAGAAGGCCCUCUGCCUGGUUCCCUGUAACCUCGCUUCCUGCACGGAGGGAACCACCAGAAGGCCCUUGGGAGAGGGACCCCGGUGUCCGGGGUGGAUGAUGGGGGUGGAGACGCUCCUUCAGGGAUACUGAAUGUCAAACAGUGACAAAUACUGGGUGACAAACAGCAAUGCAGAACCCGGUUGUUGUUGUUUACUCAUUUCCGACUCUUCGUGACCCCAUGGACCAAAGCACGCCAACAUCAGGGUCUUUUCCAGGGAGUCUUCUCCUGAGGUGGCCAAAGUCUUGGAGCCUCAGCUUCAGGAUCUGUCCUUCCAGUGAGCACUCAGGGCUGAUUUCCUUCAGAAUGGAGAGGUUUGUUCUUCUUGCAGUCCAUGGGACUCUCAAGAGUCUCCUCCAGCACCAGAAUUCAAAAACAUCCAUUCUUCGGCGUCCUGAGUGAUAAAUUCUCCUUUCUCCCAGCAGAGGGCAAUCGGUGCUUUGCUAUUCCAUUAGGGUGGCCUCUAAUAUAAGGCAGGUCUGCCUUAGAAUAAUAGAAGCAGAGAAUUGCAGAGUCUGAAGGGACCGUGGGCGUAGACAGGUUUUUUUCUUGUGGGGAGGGGCUCCAAAAAGUUGUUGUGACUCCCCCCCCCAAAAAAAAACCUUGGGAAGCAUCGUUCGUUAAGGGUUCCUAGAGUUAGGAAAUCCUGGUUCCCCUUGCAGAACAACAAGAGUUGAUUUGAUUGCUAAACCACUCUGGAAAUCAUAUCUCUGCCUGGAACCCUGGAAUAAUAAUCAUAUUUUAAUAUUUAUACCCUGCCCACCCGGCUGGGUCUCCCCAGCCACUCUGGGCGGCUCCCAACAGAAUAUUAAAAAUGUGAUCAAACAUUAAAAGCUUCCCUAAACAGGUCUGCUUUCAGAUAUCUUCUAAAAAUCAGGUAGUUGUUUAUUUCCCUGAUAUCUGAUGGGAGAGCGUUCCACAGGGCGGGCGCCACCACCGAGAAGGCCCUCUGCCUGGUUCCCUGUAGCUUUACUUCUCGCAAUGAGGGAACCGCCAGAAGGCCCUCGGGAGAGGGACCCCGGUGUCCAGGGUGGAGACGCUCCUUCAGGGAUACUGGGCCAUUUAGGGUUUUCAAGGUCAGCACCAACCCUUUGAAUUGUGCUUGGAAACAUCCUGGGAGCCAAUGUAGGUCUUUCAAGACGGGUGUUAUGUGGUCUCAGUAGCCACUCCCAGUCCCCAGUCUGGCUGCCACAUUCUCGAUUAGUUGUAGUUUCUGGGUCACCUUCCAAGGUAGCAGCCAGCCAGAGUGGACAAUAAUGGGCUAUAUCAGCAGCCAGUCUAACCCAGCAGAAGGCAGCUUACUAUGUACUGAAUGUAUGAAUAAAGGUAAAGGUAAAGGGACCCCUGACUAUUAGAUCCAGUCGUGGCCGACUCUGGGGUUGCAGCGCUCAUCUCUCUUUACUGGCCGAGGGAGCCGGCGUACAGCUUCUGGGUCAUGUGGCCAGCAGGACUAAGCCGUUUCUGGUGAACCAGAGCAGCGCACGAAAACGCUGUUUACCUUCCCGCCAGAGCGGUACCUACUUAUCUACUUGCACUGGUGUGCUUUUGAACUGCUAGGUUGGCAAGAGCAGGGACCGAGCAAUGGGAGCUCACCCCGUGAUGGGGAUUCAAACCGCUGACCUUCUGAUCGGCAAGUCCUAGGCUCUGUGGUUUAACCCACAGCGCCACCCGCAUCAUAUAAUUUCUCCCCCUCUUGCUUCCCAGGGACCACAAAGCCCUGUUCCUGAUGUGAAGGCUGCGCAACGCCACUGGAACACCCAACCUGUGAAUAACAUCUACAGAACAUCUUCCCACCUCCUAAGAGAAAGUCUCUGAGGAACCCACUUUCAAAAACGAGAAAUGUACAUCCGUAGGCUUGUCUUCACCUCAUCUCCAAGCACAGACCCCGAAGACGAAAAACCAAGCAGCCCCCGGUCCGGUUCACGAGGGGAGCUGAAGUUUGAAGAGGCGACGGGCGAUGAGUAUUUUGACUUGGGUCACCACCGCGAGGAGAGGGCUGGGAAUGGGUGGGGAACGGCCGAGCCCCCCGAAAAUGGGUCAAAGUCCAUCAAUGGGAGGAAGGACCUUUGGAAUUCACCACCGGACAGAGAGUCCAAGCUGGAGGUGGUCAAAUCCGGCUCGCUCUACGACAUCCGGGCCUACAAAGGCGAGACGAAGCCUUCGAGGCUUUACGACGAGGACGAAGAGGAGCUGAGGUACAGGAUCCGUCCCGAGGAGGCCUCGCCGGAGAAAGCCGAGGAGCUGGCGGAGGAACGGCGGGAGAUCAUCCGCAGCCAAGUGGUUAGGAAGAGCACCACCAUGGCUGAAAAGUGGAGCUCCACAGAGGAGCUGGAGGCCAUCAACGCUGGCCGAGAAGCCGCCCCGGGGACGAGGAGCUAUUCCACCGGCUUCGCGGUCUGUUUCGACAACCCCUCUUCACGCUGGGAGAACAGCCCCGUCGACCCUCAAAACAUAGACACGGAGAAGAUCAACUUUGCCAUGGCUCGGCAACAGUUUUUGGAAUUGGAGAAGGCCAACCCCAAGAUGCUUCUGGGGCCGAGGAAACCGGCGCCGAGCUCGCGGACAACGCAAAACGUUCAGGGGACGGAAGGGGAGAAGAUCCCUGAUGUCUACGGCCAGAGAAGAAUUGGUUGGUCUACUGAGCGGGCAGAUAGCCACGUUCUCCAAAGAACAGAACCCGCAUCUCCCAAGCAAGCCCCUAUUUGUCAAAACUCGACUGGAGGCGGCUGGGAUUACGGUCUGGAAGAAAUGACCCAGAACUCAAGCGUUGUGGCACCUGAUGGAAGAAGAGUCUACAUCAAAGAGGAGGCGGGAGGACCUGUGGACUGGGAGACCGGUGGCCAAGGCCUUUCCGAAGGAGAUCUGGGGUCCUCGGACGAGACACCCAUCGAGCGGGAAAUCCGUCUGUCGAUGGAAAGGGAGGACGCCCACCGCAAAGAGAGAGGGAUCCAGCGGGUCAACAGCCGGGACGAGCUGGUGGAAAUCCAAACCAAGCCUCUGUUGCUGUCGGCCGACACGCCGCCGGUUUCCUCCCGGAAAGGAAAAGAGAAACACACGGUUUCCUUCUUCGUGCAGAGGGAAAUUGAGCAGGAAACCAGGCGCGAGGAGGACCUGCAGAAGGAAGGCAGGCUGCUGUCCGGGACGUACGACAAGGGGGUCUGCCGGGAGUUAUCGGAACGCCGGAAGGUGUUCGAAAGGGACGAGGCGGCCCCCAUGACGGCAAGGAUGCCGGGGGAGCCAGAGGAGGCCCAGAACGGCGAGCCCAGGGAAAGGACGGCUGGCCAGGAGGUGAAGUGGAGCUCAGAGGCCUACCAGCCUUCUUUGGCCAGCGGAAGAAAGCAAAGGGGUGACUUGCACCCUUUCGUCCGGAACGACACCAGCCAGCGGGUGGAUUCCUCUGUCUCUCGGGUACCGGAAGACUUGGGAGAGGAGCCUGCGGUUUUGCGGGAAGGACAUUUCGCCAUCCCGGUGAGGAAACUCAAGUUCUCGUCUGCCGGCGACCGGGAACCCCCGACCUCCCGGGGGAAAGAGGGCAGGCUGGAGGGGUCCGCUCCCCGGGAGGAGCUGUACACCGUGAAGACGCGGAGACCACGGAUGUCGGCCCUGAUUGACCAGGAGAUCCAGGACGCUUUGCAAAGGGAAGUGGAGCUUCAGGAGCAGCGGAGGAGAACUGGGACGGCGGUGGGACCCUCUCGGACGUCGUCGCAGAGCUCGGGUGAGAGGGGCAGGGCGGGGGGGUCGAUGACAGCUGGUUCACGUGCCAUGGCGAAUCGCAUCAUCGCAGCCGUCAUUGCAUUCACACAAUGCCUUUCCGUAGCUAGAACCCCGCUCCAGGCGGCUGGGAGCAUGGAAAGGUUUGCAGAAUUGCAACCGUAAGGAAAGGCGGUCACAAGUUACUUAUCUAGUUACUUAUCUCCUUGACUUGGGGGUUCCAUAAUUCCACCCCCUCCAACGUUUCUCCCCUGAAAAUAGGGACGUCCUAUUCCACCCCCUCUAAUGUUUCUCCUCUGAAAAUAGGGACCUCCUAUUCCAUCCCCUCCAACGUUUCUCUUGUGAAAAUAGGGACGUCCUAUUCCAUCCCCUCCAACAUUUCUCAGAUGAAAAUAGGGACGUCUUAUUCAGUAAUAAUAAUAACCCAUCUGACUGAGUUGUCAACUAAUUAAUAAUAAUAAUAAUUUAUUAUACCCCACCCAUCUGGGCAGGUCUCCCAAGCCACUCUGGGCGCCUCCCAACAGAAUAUUAAAAACACGACAAAACAUCAAACGUUAAAAGCUUCCCUAAACAGGACUGCCUUCAGAUGUCUUCUAAAAAUCAGGUAGUUGUUUAUUUCCCUGACAUCUGAUGGGAGAGCGUUCCACAGGGUGGGCGCCACCACCGAGAAGGCCCUCUGCCUGGUUCCCUGUAACCUCGCUUCUCGCAGGGAGGGAACCGCCAGAUGGCCCUCGGGAGAUGGACCCCGGUGUCCAGGAUGGACGAUGGGGGUGGAGAGGCUUCUUCAGGUAUACAAUAGAACAUUAAACAUUACAAACUUCCCUAUACAGGGCUGCUUUCAGAUGUCUUCUAAAGGUUGCAUAGCUACUCAUCUCCUUGACAUCUGAUGGGCAGGCAUUGCACAGGGCGGGCGCCACCACCGAGAAGGCCCUGAGAUAUCCCUGCGCUUGGUUUCUUUCUUUUUAAAUUUAACUCUCUCUUCUGAUUCCCUCCACCAGCUGCUUCAGGAAUUGCCGACAGCUACUGCGUAUCGGCCGUGGCUGCUCCCGAUUCCCCUGCGAGGUUGUCUCCCUUGCUGUCCCCGCGUCAAGCCUAUGUCGGGAAACCAUCCUCGGAACCGGACUGGAGAGCGCAGCGUCCGUCGGCGGAAGAGGAGAAGACGAAGAGGCACAGGGAGGGAGGAACGGUAGGGACUUGCCAGCAACCGCUGCAACAGGGUGUUGGGGACGGAGGUUGCUGCCUUAGGUAGGAGAAUCAUAGAGUUGGAAGGGACCCUCUAUUGUAAUAUUUAGUAUUUUGAUGUUUUGUUGGAAGCUGCCCAGAGUGGCUGGGGAAACCCAGCCAGAAGGGCGGGGUACAUAGCUAUCAACCGUCCCUUAUUUGGCGGGAAAAUCCCUUAUCCCAGUGCCGUGUCCCGCUGCUGUCCCUUCUGGAUGAUGUCCCUUAAAUUUCCCGGGUUUCAAAGGAAGCAGCUCCUCUCCCUCCCUCCCUGCCGGCCAGGGAGGAGGGAGGCUCCAACUGUGUUGCUUGGCUGCGUUGCUCACCCAAUAAGGAGUCUGAGAACGACUGGGGGGUGGAGCGUGCAUGCCUUGUGCCGAUCAAAUCGGCCGCGUUGCCUGGGGACUCGCCUUUGCUCAGCGCUUCCCAGCGGAGAGGUGACGGUGGUUUCCCUUGCUGCGUCCCCCUUGCCGGGUUGCUGCGCUGUGGGAACCACCGCUUGAGGCUUCGUUUGGCUGCUGGCUGGGCUUUCUGCCUUUGGCUUGGAGGGGCUCAGAAGUUGAACAUACCUGUGCUCUGAAAAUCCCUUAUUUUGGCUGCUGAUCCCUUAUUUCCGAGGCUGCUGGUCCCUUAUUUUCAAAUCUGUAAGUUGACAGCUAUGGUGGGGUAUAAAUAUAUCAUCACCAUCAUCAUCAUCUUUAUUAUUAUUAUUUAGUCCAACCCCUCUGCAACACAGGAAUGAAUAAGCAGCUGUCCCUUACGGGGAUCAAACCUGCAACCUUGCCGUUAUCAGCACCACGCUCUAACCAACGGAAGGGAAAGUGUCCGCUUUGCAUGCAGAAAUUCCCCGGUUUUGAUCGCUGGCAUCUCCAGGGGGAAGCAACCCCAGUUUAAUAAUAAUAAUAAUAAUAAUAAUAAUAAUAAUAAUAAUAAUUUAUUUAUAUCCCGCCCUCCCCAGCCGAAGCCGGGCUGAGAGCAGACAUCCCCAAACACAGCCCUCCAGAUGUUUUGGGACUACAAUUCCCAUCAUCCCUGACCACUGGUCCUGCUAGCUGAUGGGAGUCGUAGUCCCAAAACAUCUGGAGGGCCGAUUCAGGGGAUGCCUAGAGUGCCACUUCUGCCCGUCAGUGCAGGCGGCGCUGAACUAGAUGGAGCCCUGGCCCAGGCAGCUUCUGAUUAAAAUCUGGCCUUUGUUUAGAAUCAAGAGGGCUAGAAUCUUGCAUUAUCCUUCGGGGAAAUGAAUAGCAGAGCAUCUGCGCAGGUGGCCGCCUGGUUCGAUCCGCCCGGUGUCUCCAGUCGGAGAUGGAAAAGUCUGAAUUGGGGCGGACACCGAGCUGAGAGCUGUGACUCUGGAGGGUGUACAGUCAGCCGUUCCUACUGCAGCAGGAAACACCCCCCCAUCAUUCAGUUUGUACAAACUUCACACACACUCACACACUACAUAGGCUACGCUUCUGCUAUAAAUUCAUAGAAAAUCAACCAUACAUUGGAUCUGCACCGUUCCACUUUUAUUUUACUCCAUGAAGGAAGGACUACAAAAUGGGGAAGGUUUGAUACAGGGCAGCCACAAUCCCUUCUGCAUACCAGCACAUCCACAGGAGCCCUGCCCAGUUGCUAUGCCAACCCUGAUGGUCCCAGACAGAAGACCAUCAAGGUCACAAAGGACUUGCAUAUGGAAGUGGAUUCAGCAUGGACUGGAACAAAGGACAAUGAUCAGAUCUUCCCUCUGGGGGCAGGAAACUGCAAACUCCCCUCUGUCACCUGGAAAGUACUCAUGGGGAGGGGGAAAGGGGGAACCAGCCAGGUGACAGGACACUCAGGUUACCACCACAACUCCUCCCUCAACCCCUCCUUUCUGUGAUGUAUGUAUGAUGUUUCUGGGGGUGGUCUUGAUCUACAGGGUGGCAAUUUCAAAAGUUUUUAUAAGGCCUUGCAUGCCAUUUUUCUAGGUCCCUCCUCUCUCCUGCAAGUGAGGGGAACAUCCUGUUGCAACAGUUCAAUAAAGGCCAAGCCUACAGGCUGCUGUUUUGCUCCAAGUUAUCCUGGUUGGUGUCUUUGUUUUUGUCCAAGGGAGCCCUCGGAUUUUUCCGUUAACACUACGGAAUAUCCCCUCCCUGCCAGAUUUCCUGUUCUCUUAUUUUCCUCCUCUUUCCCUCCCCCAGUAUGCUGGCAUCGAUCUGCACGACGAAAUCGACUCCGAGGUAAGACCGCGCCCUUGCCCUGUGGGGAGAAAGCCUUACACUGUCUUACUCAGAAGUAAGCCCCUCUGUAUUCAAUGGUCCAGACUGUGCAGCCUUGCACUCCAAUCCUAGGUGGUUCUUUUUUACUCAGAAGGAAGUCCCACUGAGUUCAAUAGGAUUUACGCUCUGGUGCGCUCCCGAUCAUUCUCACAGUCCCUAUUACAGUGGGGCCUUGGUUGUCGAACAUAAUCCAUUCCAGAAGACCGUUUGACUUCUGAAACGUCCGACAACCGAGGCACAAAGGGUGGUCUCCAAAGCCAACGGAGAAAAUUGAAAAACGCACAGUGGAAACUGUUCGGCUUCCAAGGCGCAUUUGAAAACGGAAGCAAUUCUUUCCGGGUUUUGGGCAUCUGGAAACUGAAAUGUUCAGCUUCCGAGACGCUGGAAAACCAAGGUAAAAAGGUAAAGGGACCCCUGACCAUUAGGUCCAGUCAUGACUGACUCUGGGGUUGCGGCGCUCAUCUCGCUUUACUGGCCGGCGUCCAGCUUCCGGGUCAUGUGGCCAGCAGGACUAAGCCGCUUCUGGCGAACCAGAGCAGCGCACGGAAACACCGUUUACCUUCCCGCCGGAGCGGUACCUAUUGAUCUACUUGCACUUUGACGUGCUUUCCAACUGCUAGGUUGGCAGGAGCAGGGACCGAGCCAUGGGAGCUCACCCCAUUGCGGGGAUUCGAACCGCCGACCUUCUGAUCGGCAAGUCCUAGGCUUUGUGGUUUAACCCACAGCGCCACCCGCAUCCCUUCUUCUUCUUCUUCUUCUUCUUCUUCUUCUUAUAUCCCACCUUUUCCCCUGGCAGGGACUCAAGGUAGCCUACACCUAAAUUUUAUUUCACCACAGUCACACGACCCCCGGGAGCUCGUCUGCCAGGCAAGGCGGCCCCUGCUGGCUGCAAAAGAACCCUUGUUCUCUUAACUGAGCCGCCAAUUCCUUUUGCAGGUUGUGAAAUCCACCAAAGUCGUCUGCCAGAGGGGACUCCUGGCUCAGCUUUGGGAGACGGGCCAGAUCCGCGGGGCCGUCGACGACAGCGACUGAACCUUGGAGAGGAACUGGAAUUCCCAAAGCCGGCAUCGGCGCCUGCCUGCGGGGCUUUUCUUUGGUUUUUAAUUCUCUGCUCUCCCAAGUGUUUUUCCAUUCGAUCUCUUGCCGGGUUCGGCCGGCAGUCGGAUCCCGCCGACCCAUCUAUGUCCGAUUAAAAUUCUGCGUCGCUUUGAUUGCGAGAGAGACGGCCCAGAAUUGAUCCUGGCGAUUUCGCGGGCUCUGGGCUGCCAUGGUGAGGACUAGCUUCUUAACUUUCCUUUUAGGGGGAGGUCAGUGGCAGUGCCAAAGACCCCCGAAGUUCAGUCCCUGGCGCUGCCAGCCAGUAUUCAGGCAUAUGGUCUCAGUGAUGGGCAGCUUCCCACUUUCCCCUUCAUAUCAGCUGAAGAGGAAUGGAAUCUUCCUUUCCCCUUUUUAAAGGAAAGGAAAGCACUAGGGAUUGGGGCAGAGGCACACUCUUGGACGCAGAAGGUCCCAUAUUUUAAACCUUGACAGCUCAACGCAGGCGUGGGUGAGAGGCACGCUGUCUGACAGAGCUGUUGCCAGCCCGUGUCGAGAAAUGCUGAGCUGGGAGGAAUCUUAAUAUAGUGUAGUUUCCUUCCUUCUCGGGCAGAGGCAGUGGGGCUGAGUGGUGGUAGCACCUCCUGCCGUUUUGUUGCCGGUGGGUCCCAAUAAUAAUAAUAAUAAUAAUAAUAAUUUAUUAUUUAUAUCCGGCUGGGUUUCCCCAGCCACUCUGGGCGGCUCCCAACAGAAUGAAAAGCGCAACAAAACAUCAAACAUUAACAGCUUCCCUAAACAGGGCUGCCUUCAGAUGUCUUCUAAAAGUCAGAUAGUUGUUUAUUUCCUUGACAUUUGAAGGGAGGGCGUUCCACAGGGAUGGCGCCACCACCGAGAAGGCCUCUGCCUGGUUCCCUGUAAGCUCACUUCUCGCAGGGAGGGAACCGCCAGACGGCCCUCGAGAGAUGGACCCCGGUGUCCGGGCUGAACGAUAGGGGUGGAGACGCUCCUUCAGGGAUACUGGGCCAUUUAGGGCUUUCAAGGUCAGCACCAACACUUUGAAUUGUGCUCGGAAACGUCCUGGGAGCCGAUGCAGGUCUUUCAGGACUAUAUGGUCUCGGCGGCUGCUCCCAGUCCCCAGUCUGGCUGCCACAUUCUGCAUUAGUUGCCGUUUCCGGGUCACCUUCCAAGGUAGCCCCAUGUAGAGCGCAUGGCAGUAGUCCAAGCGGGAGAGAACCAGAGCAUGCACCACUCUGGCCAGACAGGGUACCCUUGAUAGGGUAGGAACCCUCGCUGCCUCACCGGGACUUGAACCCAGAGCUCCAGCGUCCAAAUCUUAACUUCCUUUCUGCUACAUUUCCAGCGUCUUUGUACAGGGCAGGUUCUGUUGUUUCCUGGCUAAGGAGGUGGCCCUGAUCCAUGCGUGUAGCAUCAGUCGGGGUGCCUCACCCUCACAUCUCGAGAGACCCCUGGGACCCAGCGAUCUCUCUCUCUCGUUUGGUUGCUGCAUGGUCACAACGGGCUCAUAUAUGUAUAUGUGUAUAAUUUAUAUACGAUCCAGAAAGAGGAAUAAAUCGUUUCGUCUCCGUCCUUUUGCGAAUGUUAAGUCCAGUGCUGGAUUUACGUAUAAGAUAAGCAAUUCAUAGCUUAGGGCCCCACUCUCUUGGGGGCCCCCAAAAAAAUUUAAAGGGGGGGAAACUGGAUGUACAUUUCCAAAAUAUAAGAUAAAAAGCAAAUAAAAUAAAACCUACAUAGAGCAAGAGUGUUUUGUGUUGUGUAGGCUCCUAUGAUGUAAGUCAUGGGCCCC